UUCUCACAUUAACAUUUAAAUGGCGGAGAAAAAUGAAAACCUCGAAGAACAUCUCGAGAAGUUUGUCGAGAAUAUUCGGCAGCUUGGAAUUAUUGUCAGCGACUUCCAGUCGAGCAGUCAAGCGGGACUCAACCAAAAAUUAAAUUUAAUGAUAUCGGGAUUGCAAGAUAUUGAGAAGUGCCGGCAACAACUGCAUGAGAUCAACGUACCACUGGAAGUCUUUGAAUAUAUCGACCAGGGUCGAAAUCCACAGCUGUACACAAAGGAGUGUUUGGAGAGAGCCUUGGCCCGAAACGAGCAAGUUAAAGGAAAAAUUGACACCUUGACGAAAUUCAAGAGUCUUCUCAUCUCUGAGCUCGGCAAAGUCUUCCCGGAGGAGAUGUCGAAAUAUAAGGCAAUACAUGGUGAUGAUGCUCCAUCCUAGUGACUCCUACACUGUCACCUCAGACUAGUCAACCUGUGACAAUUACAGUACAAUUUUAAACCUCGGAUCAUGAACGAGAAUCUGCGAUCGCAACCAGACUGUGCCAACAUUGAAAGUUCAUUUAAAUGGACUGUGUUGGCUGGACAAAUGUUCCUUUUAUUGCAUGGACACUAUAUUGGCAGCAGGGUCAAAUUCAAACUCCAUAUUGUACAUAAGCUCUUUUCUUCAGUGGUGGUACUUAUUUAUAUCUUUUUGUAAUAAUUCAUAAAACAUAUAGUAACAACGCUUGUACAUAAAAUUGUUGCUCAGGCUGUGAUAAUUCUGAAUGCAGGAUUUUAUUUGUUUUUUUUUUUUGGACCUGCCCAGCAACAUGUCUGCGCUUCAUUUCUAUCCUGUUUGUAUUAAAGGUUUUGUAAGUAUUCA